UAUUGAAGAAAAUCAGUGUGUUGGGGUUGCAAGAGACUUACAUGUGGUUGCCAUGAAGCCAAUUUGUGUCCUUACAUCCUGGGUCUUCUACAUUUUGCUGUCUAUACUCUGGGCAGCCCAGAUGUUGCCAUCUGCCAGUUUUGAGACCACUCUGAAAUGUGAAGAAACUGUCAGUACCAGAGAGAGCAGCUGUCACCCUGAUGAUGAGACGACCCACCCAAGGAAAGCUGGCUACACUUUCAGUGAACCCUUUCAUCUGAUUGUGUCCUAUGCUACAGACUGGCUGAUCCUCCAAGGUCCAGCUGCACCCAUAUUUGAAGGAGACCCAUUGGUUCUUCGCUGCCAGGCCUGGCAAGACUGGCCAUUGACUGAGGUCACCUUCUACCGAGAUGGCUCAGCCCUGGCUCUACCUGGACCUAACAAGGAAUUCUCCAUUGCUUUGGUGCAAGAGGCAGACAGUGGGUACUACCACUGUAGUGGCAUCUUCAGAAGCUCGGCUCUAGGGAACCCAGAAACAGCAUCCACUGUGGCUAUCACAGUCCAAGAACUGUUUCCAGCCCCAGUUCUCACAGCCUUGCUCUCUGCUGAGCCCCAAGAGGGAGGUCCAGUGACCCUAAGCUGUCAGACAAAGCUGUCCCCACAGAGGUCAGCUGCCCAUCACCUCUUGUACUCCUUCUACAAGGAUGGAAGGAUACUUCGCAGCAGGGGCCUCUCCUCAGAAUUCCAGAUCCCCACAGCUUCAGUAGAGCACUCUGGGUCCUACUGGUGUGAGGCAGCCACUGAUGAUGGCCAAGUCUGGAAACACAGCCCAGAGUUGGAGAUAAGGGUACAGGGUCCCUCCAGCUCUACCACAUCCUCUACCUGGAAUCCAGCUCCUCAGAAACAAGCUGCUCCAGCAACAUCUCCAAAGAAGCCCUCUGAGCCUCUACCUCCACUGCCUACCUCCACUUCUGAGCACGCAGGCUUCUCCUCUCCAGACCCUCAUCUGCAUCACCAAAUGCGCAUUCUUCUCAAACACAUGCAAGAUGUAAGGGUUCUCCUUGGUCACAUGGUCAUGGAGCUAAGGGAUUUGUCUAGAUCCCUGAAGUCUGGGAUCACAAAGGCUCCUGACAAAUAAAAGUACACUAUUCACCCACAAUGUGGCUCAAUCAUUCCCAAUACCAGCUGUUGUUGUCCUGAGCAUCAACACUGUUUUAUAUGUCCCAGCAUUUUGUUAGAAUAAUGGAGAUGGGCAAAUAUAAAUAAAUAUGUAUAGAGUGAUCAUGGAA